GAAAAAAAUCCACUUUCUCUCUCUGCAACUCUUCUCUCUAAAACGCCCCCCACUUUUCUCUCUGUCUCUCUGAUCCAGCAAAUUCUUCAUCUUUUCUUCUCUUUCUUCACAUUUCUUCUUCUUUAAUCCAUCAACUCUAACUACUACCUUCAAAGACUUCAACUUUCUUCACUUUUCCAAAAAACCCAAACCGAAAUUCACUUCCUUAGAUUAAAGAACUUGGUGGGGUUCUCCAAAAUUUUUACUAGCUAAACCUUAAAAGCCCAAUUUUUUUUCUUUCAAAGUGAAAGGUUCAAUAAAGGGUAUUGUUUUUAAGGGAAAUGAGGGAUGUUUUCAUGGUUGGCAAGGAUAGCUCUCGCUUGUUGGAGACCAGUGAGUCGAUAUGCCCGUAUGAACAAGGAUAAUAAUAAUAGUAAUAAUGACGAGGUUGAAGAAGAUUCUUCUUCUUUACGUGAUUCACUUCUUUGGUGUAGAGACCUUGAAAAACACUCUUAUGGUGAUUUCUCCUUUGCUGUUGUUCAAGCCAAUGAAAUCAUUGAAGAUCAUAGUCAAGUCGAGACCGGAAAAGAUGCUACUUUUGUUGGUGUCUAUGAUGGACACGGUGGCCCUGAUGCUUCUCGCUUUAUCUCUGAUCAUCUCUUUCAAAAUCUAAUUAGGCUUGCUCGAGCAAAUGGAACCAUUUCUGAAGAUAUUCUUAGAAGCGCUUUUUCCGCAACUGAAGAUGGGUUUCUUACUCUUGUACGUAGGACAUGUGGAAUAAAACCAUUAAUUGCAGCAAUUGGAUCUUGUUGUCUGGUUGGAGUUAUAUGGAGGGGAACAUUAUACAUUGCUAAUUUGGGUGAUUCUCGAGCUGUAAUUGGUUAUUUGGGUAGAUCAAAUAAGAUAGUUGCUGAGCAGUUGACUAGAGAUCAUAAUGCUAGUAUAGAGGAGGUCAGACAGGAACUCAGGUCAUUGCAUCCAGAUGAUUCUCAUAUUGUUGUUAUGAAGCAUGGAGUAUGGCGUAUUAAAGGAAUCAUUCAGGUAUCCAGAUCUAUCGGAGAUGCAUACUUGAAGCGACCAGAGUUUUCUCUUGAUCCUUCUUUCCCACGAUUUCACCUCUCUGAACCCAUUCGUCGACCUGUGCUAACAGCAGAACCAUCCAUGUGCACCAGGGUUUUACAACCUAGUGAUAAGUUUCUAAUUUUUGCAUCUGAUGGACUUUGGGAACAUUUGACAAAUCAGCAGGCUGUCGAGAUUGUGUAUAACUAUCCACGAGCAGGAAUUGCCAAGAGGCUUAUUAAAACAGCUUUAAACGAGGCAGCUAGGAAAAGGGAGAUGAGAUAUGAUGAUCUUAAGAAGGUUGAUAAAGGGAUUAGGCGGUUUUUCCAUGAUGAUAUUACAGUUGUUGUCAUCUUUAUAGACCAUGAGUCGCUGGGUGCAAAGAUGUCUGUGCCAGAGCAGUCUGUUCGUGGGUUCGUCGACACCACUGGACCAUCAAACUUUAACAUUCUUUAAGGAUUGCUGUAAAAUCCAUGGUCUAUCAUCUGAAUUAAUACCUUGUGAUGAAAAAUAAUCAGUGGGGUUAUGGUGAAGUUCAGCAAGUUUCUGUAUGAAUCGUACUGUCUUUUUCUUUUUUCCAACAGUUUCUCGGCUUUGCUUUUUCUUUCUCCUCCCAUUAUCAAGCAAGUCUUGGAAAACGUUUGAGCUGAUUUUCAUUGUUAUAUUUUGAUAUGCAACUUAUGAUGAUAACCCUGAUAAGAGAAUACUACAUUUUCUCUUCUUUUUUUAUC